AUGAAGGAUAGCAUCAUCAAACCGCCGGAGAAGGAUCCGAAUUCGACCAUGACUGAUAAUCCUGCCAUCACGACUCCCAAGCGCAGCAGCAAGCGAUACCCUUCAGAAACCGCCAAGGAUGGCGCAAUGAAAAGACGCUCGCUCUUCCCAUCUGAAGUUGCCCAAGGUCAGGACGUCCCCACGGUCAACACUCAACCGAAUCCAACCACUCCUUCAUCAAUCGAUUUAACCAAGGACAAUCCGCCUGAUCCCACAACUUCAAAGAGCCAACGCAAGCAACCCCCUUCUUCCAAAACCGCCAAGGAUGGCACAGGCAAGGAUGAUCGCUCGUUGCCUACAUCACAAAACUCAAGGUUCGCCUUGCUUUUGGGAAUUUUCGCUCUUGUUCGACCCGAAUUUUUGCUCUUGUUCGACCCGACAUUAAUUGUUCAACGCGCCGAGCCGUUGACUUGGAUGUGGCUAGCGGCAUCCAAAUUCUUUGCUAAUCCUUGGACAGGCCCUGCUAUCAUUCCUCACAUUGUGGAGGAAUCCAAGCGACUAAAACGAGAGCCAACAAUAGCCAAAGCUCAGUCCAAGUUUAAGAAGCGACUUGUAUCCAUGCCAGAGCACCCAACAGGUGCCGAGGCACACGAUUCUCCCGAGAACCUCCAUCCAAGCAAUGAACCCAUGGAAUUUGUUGAAAUCGUUUGGCAUGCCUUGACAACAGCGUUUCCAACAAAACAAGGUUGGAACCAGAACGAACUUCUCAGCUAUUUACACACAACAACAAUCCUAUUUUAUGACGUCUGCGCUGCCCAUCAGAAGUGGUCACCAACCAUGGACUCGAAUGAAAAAAAUCACAAGAGAUGGCUUUGA